UCGCAAAUUCAGCAACCAAAAGCAUCGUCUCGCGCGGGAGGUUUGGUCCUUACACGGCUGUGGGUGGUUUCGAAAGCGCUGAGUUGAGGACGGUUUUCCUCUAGCUUUGUCAUCGAAGAUCUGCGUGGUACCUUUGUACGGCCGAGACUUUCGUGUACUAAUUGAUCAACCAGAAAAAAAAAAUAAACCGCGUGUCGUGCGUGAAUUUUGGAAGAGUGAUUUGGCUAACUUACCAAGCUGGCACGAGAACUCCUAAAUCAGUGCUCGAAGUGACAACGCUGCCAUGAUGUCGGGCGGAUUCUUUUUCGAACACAUUAUUGAGUAUUUGCUGCGGAAAAGUAACGAAGAAAAAAAGAAGAAGAAGCCCAUGAGCGAUAAGCUGAAGGCGCUAAUGAAGAAAAUAAAUUGUUGAGGAGGUGCGCAGAAUACACUGGAACUGGAGACGUGAGAGAGAGUAAACAAGAUUUUUCUCUGAUCAUCAAAAACAGGCACCAUUCGAAGGUGGGAAGCUGUGUGGCGAUCCAUCCGUCGAUCGGCAGCCAGUGCUUACUCUACUAACGUCGGUAUCGAACGUUCUUUUUAAAAUUCUGUGUUUGCGCGAACUUGAUUUGCUACAGUUUGAACAAACCGGGAUCGAAGACUUCUGUUACGAUGUUUAAAAAGGUCGUGCUCAAACUGACGAAUACGAUCGGCGCGGUGGACUAUCUGAAGAAGAAGUCCACCGCCACCGCCGAUCUCGUCCGGAAGAAGAAAAUAGACAAAUACACCAAGGGUGACCUCGAAGUGCUGGGGCUGGACAUGGAAGCGGACUACAUGCCGAGAUGCCGCUUCCCCAGCAGAAGUUCAACGGACAGUGCCAUCACAAGCUCAAGCAGCAACGUAAGUGCCAGCAGCUUGAGCGAUUCGGAGUCGGACAUGUCCGGCGCAGCCAGCCCGGAAAUCAAACUAAACCUGACCAGUGAAAAUGUGCUGCUGUUUGAUCCGGCCCUGCUGAUGGCCCUACCGGCGGCCCAGAUUAUAAUUUCGACGGCGAUAGCGGAACUGCGGCAUGCACCGGAACUGCAAACAUGGUUCCACGGUAACCUGUCCGGCAAGGAAGCGGAACGACUGAUCCUGGAACGGGGCAAGAAUGGCUCUUUUCUAGUGCGCGAAUCUCAGAGCAAACCGGGCGACUUCGUGCUUUCGGUGCGGACAGAGGACAAAGUGACACACGUCAUCAUUCGGUGGCAUGUAAUCAUAGCGUUGUGGCGCAAUCAGUAUAAGAGCGGGAUAUCGUUCCUGGUCGGGAAACAUCUUCGUCGCUUCCGGACACCGGCGUGGCAGAAAUUCAACACCUGUGCGACCUUGAUCGAGUACUACAAGCAGAACCCGAUGGUGGAGACGUGCGGCACCGUGGUGCACCUGCGGCAACCGUUCAACGCGACGCGCAUCACGGCCGCCGGAAUCGACGCCCGGGUCGAGCAGCUGCAGCGGGAAAAUGGCACUCACUGUUACGGCAGGGGCGGUUUCUGGGAGGAGUUCGAAUCUCUACAGCAGCAGGAAUGCCGGCACACCUUCUCCCGGCGGGAGGGCCAGCGGGCUGAUGAACCUCAGCAAGAAUCGCCACAAGAACAUUUUUACCAUAAAGAGAUCUUCUGUCAGCUCAGAUCAAACUUUUCUCUCAGAAUUGAUCGAUUCCAGCUGCUGAUCAUUCUCAGUUCAAUAAAGAAUCUUUUCAUCCAUAACAGAUUGUUCUAUCGACUGAUUCACGAGAACGAAAGUGAAUUAGUGCGUGCGAGAUGGUUCCACGGUAAACUGUCCGGCAAGGAAGCGGAACGACUGAUCCUGGCGGGCAAGAAUGGCUCUUUUCUAGUGCGAGAAUCUCAGAGCAAACCGGGCGACUUCGUGCUUUCGGUGCGGACAGAGGACAAAGUGACACACGUCAUCAUUCGGUGGCAUGAGAAAAAAUACGACGUCGGCGGCGGCCAGAAAUUCAACACCCUGUGCGACCUGAUCGAGUACUACAAGCAGAACCCGAUGGUGGAGACGUGCGGCACCGUGGUGCACCUGCGGCAACCGUUCAACGCGACGCGCAUCACGGCCGCCGGAAUCGACGCCCGGGUCGAGCAGGCGCAGCGGGAAAAUGGCACCCACUGUUACGGCAGGGGCGGUUUCUGGGAGGAGUUCGAAUCUCUACAGCAGCAGGAAUGCCGGCACACCUUCUCCCGGCGGGAGGGCCAGCGGGCCGAGAACCGGGGCAAGAAUCGCUACAAGAACAUUUUACCAUUUGACCACACCCGGGUAAAGUUGAAAGACGUGGACAACAGCCAACCCGGCGCCGAGUACAUCAACGCCAACUACAUCCGCCAGCCGACGGAGGCCGAGCAGAACGAAAUGAACUCGUCGUCGGAGAACCUGGCCCAGCAGGGCCAUCAGAACAACAACUCGACCUCCAACAACAGCUCCCCCAUCACCUACGCCAGCAUCAAUCAGCCACCGACCAAGAACUGUCAAAGCUGCCAACUGCUGAACAAACCCUGCUGCCAGUGCUCGAUGAAGGCCAAUGAGUUCAAACACAAACGGAAUGAUUCGCUAACGUACGGCCGGCUCCAAGCGCAAUCCCAGCCCAAGUGCGGCAGCGGUGCCAGCGGGCUGCUCCACCAGCUGCGGGACGAAAAAGAUCUCUUCAAAACGUACAUCGCGACGCAGGGCUGCCUCGGCAACACGAUACAGGACUUCUGGAACAUGAUCUGGCAGGAGAACUCCCGGGUGAUAGUGAUGACUACCAAAGAAAUCGAACGGGGCAAGAAGAAGUGCGAAAAGUACUGGCCCGAUCCGACGCAAACGAAGGAAUGGGGCUCCUCGAAGGUGACCUGCCUGAGCGAGACCAGCACGGCCGACUACACGCUGCGGGAGUUUCUGCUGUCGUGGCGGGGGCAGGACGAGCGCAAGAUCUUCCAGUACCACUUCCAGGUGUGGCCCGAUCACGGGGUGCCGUCCGAUCCGGGAUGCGUGCUGAACUUUCUGCAGGACGUGAACGCGCGGCAGGAGCAGCUGCAGCUGGAAGGCUUGCAACCGGGUCCAAUUUGUGUGCACUGUUCAGCGGGGAUCGGUCGAACGGGAACGUUUAUUGUGAUCGAUAUGAUCUUGGACCAGAUCGAUAGGGAAGGCCUUGACUGCGAAAUUGACAUCCAGCGGACAAUCCAAAUGGUCCGGUCGCAGCGGUCCGGCAUGGUCCAAACCGAGGCGCAGUACAAGUUCGUCUACUUCGCCGUGCAGCACUACAUCCAGACGCUGUUCCAGCGCAAACGGGCCGAACAGCAGAGCCUCCAGGUCGGCCGGGAGUACACCAACAUUAAGUCAACAUCGGACUCACAAUUGCCACUACCGCGGGCUGUGACUGACAUGAAUAACCCUUCAUCAGUAUAUGAGAACAUUCCCAAAGAAUCGCGACCACCACCAACCCCACCAAGAAAGUCAUGACAAAUGGAUUUUUAGAAAGCUCCAUGCCGAGUAAAUAGACAUGAAAGAAACCCCUCCCAAAAUGCAGGCCGCUGAACAAAAUGGCCGAAAUGGCGGAUCUACAUACAAAGUAACGCAUAUAAACCGUAAAAGUGAUACGAAGCGGGCAGAACAUGGUGCUGCCGAUGUGACUUCACCUGGAAUGGAAUGUGUUUAUUUGUUUCAAGUGUAGGCUAUUCUUUUUAAAGUUUUGAUUACGAAAAUAUAUGCAUGAAAAAAAACUACACCUCUCAGAAUAAAGUAUAGCAAUUUCGGCGGGAAAAACAUUGAGUAACGCAAACGCACUCUCGGCCGAUGAGAAAAGGGCGGAACGAAAACAAAUACACUCAAAAACAAAAUAACAAUACAUACAAAUACAUAUACAGACACACCCCUAAACUAGAUAAUUAGGUAAAGAAGAGACCAGUUGUUGAAAGUUGAAAGAAUGAUGAGAAGUGAGAUAUUGUUUCAUAGUGUUUAACUUAUUGAUUGUUUUCGUCAAAUAAAGAAGGAAAUGGUGAGACAGAUGAAAAGCGCGACGCUUCACCGGAAACGGUAAUUUUUCCAUCAAUACAAACAAAUCUAAGAGCCGCUCCUCCGCUUGAUACUCACUUCCUCCCGGAGAGAAACUCAAUUGUCUAUUGUAUAAAGGGGAAGCUUGCGCCUAUCUGUAGUGUUGGACCGCGGAUGGAACAGAUUUAUUAUUAGUGUAUCUAGUCUAACAAAUUGAUGAAGGAGAAAAAUACAAUUUCCAUUAUGGGAAAAUAUACAAACUGAGCUCUCAACAUAUAUAAAAGGAUUAAAAAGAUUAUUAUGGAUCAAAUGCGAGUUAAACUCAUGAGCUGUGUUAGAGGAGCAUGGAGGAGAGUAAACUCAGAGGUGAAACUUGGGAGAGAGGAGCUCAGCUAAAAUGUGAAAAAGUACGUACACUCUGAUUAAAUAUUAGGCAAAAACCUUUACAAAUACAAGCUGCAAAUGUGAUUACCGCAAUGAAGAGCGCAGUAGGAUGGUCUUUGACUUUUUCUGACAGUUAAUACACGCCUACUGCAAAACGAAAAACGAAAGAAAAGUUAUAUAGAGUAGAAGCGCGCGCCGAGAAUAAAUGUGCGAAAAACUUCGCUUGUUUUUGAGAUCAUUUGUUACACGUACGCAUUGGGGCUCUCUCGUCGACGUCUCGUUGGACGUUGCGAGAGGGCAGUUCUUCGUCGAAAAAUUAGGUUGUAAGGCUUUAUAAGUUGUAUCGCACCGCUCCACAAUCAUGUUCUUUUUACGUUAAGGGUCAUAUGAUUUGUUUUGUUUUUUUAUUAAAGCAACAAGUAUACACACACGUACACACGCACCCAUGCAUGAAACAAUUUGGAACUAGCCCGGAGGGAAAUUUGUAUCCGAAAAAUUAGUGGUUUUACUACGAAGCAAUCUUAAACAGAAGUUGUAUGUUACAAAUGGUUACAAGUAAAAACUGAAAGAAUAUAUCAAUUUACUUUCAUUGUU